ACAGUGACUGGUCUGACGCUCGUCCCGAACCAGACAUAAACACGGAAGUGGCAAGCAAAAGAGACGACCAACUGGGACACAGAAACGGAGCCUAUCACCCACAAAAGGCUGACCUCCUGUUUGUGAAGGAUGGAUGAAGUUGCAGAGGGUAUCGACCCUAAUGUGCUCAGACUGGAGAUCGCAAUUCUGUGGAACAAUAAGGCGUGGGCCGGGCUGCGCGCGGCGGCCUCCCAGGGCUUCUCCCAGGUGGCCCGGCCCCUGGAGGCCCUGCUCACCAUCCUGGAGGGCUGCGCCGCCUACAAGAAGCCCGCCGACCUCAAACAGAGGGUCCUGCUGGAGUUCCAGCAGUGGCUCAAGGACCACCCACAGGUCAGCGGUGAACCUGGCGUCGCUCCUGAAGAGCAGGCCCUGCCCCUGCGCCAGCGCGCCCUGGAGCUGGUGACGGAGCGCCUGCCUGGGGUGGCCAACCCCAUCAUAGACAUCUACCAGCUCCGGCUGAUGGAGCCGGCGGCCCUCACCCAGCACGUGGCCCGGCUGAAGGGCCUCAGCCUGCACUGCGAGGCGGCGGCGUUCAGUGUGAAGAUGGGAUUGCAACUCGCGCUGGACAUGGAAGAUAUGUGCAUCCCCCUCCUACUACAGGACAAGGUGACGUUAGCGGAGUUUGUGUACGGACAUCCUCACCUGGAGCUCCGUCUGGUCACCCUGCUGGACUCCUGGUUGUGACCCGCGCACACCACCCAAGACUUCCUCAGCGGGUACGGCCGAUGUGAACAGCAAACACAUCCACAGUGCCAUUUGACGUCAAAGGUUCUUUCCAAGCACGUAUUUCGACUUAUUGGGAAGUUCAACAUUGACCCAGCCCUGUGUCACCACUCGGUGCACAUGAGGAAGAAAGGCACCCUGCGAUUCCUCAUGGAGAAGAGAUUCAAAUGGAAAGAUAUUGAUCAGGAAAACUGGUGCGACCACACAAAGGCAAUUAUAGCAGAUGACCCUGAGAUGCAAAUAUAUCUGGACGCACUUUUGACAAAUUAUACUAGUUCAAAACAUGCAGCCCAUUUGUCAAAGAUUGUCAGAGGUGGACCAAACGCACAAAAGUCUUGUCUGAAUGCCACAACCCAGGAGUGGGCCGUGCCAAAGCAUCACUCUGACCGCUACUACCAGCUGCCCAUCAGCAGAGACAACAUCCACUUCCUGGGCACUGUGGAGGACCUGCAGCAGUGCCGAGAGCUGGUGUUCAAGGAAGGCGGGACGGUGGGGGUGGACAUGGAGUGGCGGGCGGGCUUCGGCUGUGUGGUGCCCCAGCGCGUGGCCCUGAUCCAGCUGGCCGUCCUGGACCAGGUCUUCAUAGUGGACAUGUGCUCCGCGGACCUCUGGCAGCACCCCAGCACCCUGGACUUCAUGAAGUCCUUCCUAUGCGACACCAAGGUCCGGAAGCUAGGCUAUGAUCUGGGAGGAGACCUCAAGUACCUCCAGACCACCUGGUCUCUCCCGGAGCCCCUGAAGAUGGCCCGUGUGCUGGACCUGCACUCGGUUCACCAAGAGAUAAAACGAUUGAAAGUCAAGCGCACGGCGGAAAAAGGCCUGAGUCAACUGGUGCAGCACGUCCUGGGAAAGCCACUGGACAAGAGGGAACAGCUGUCCUACUGGGAGCGGAGGCCCCUCCACCCGAGCCAGAUUAGAUAUGCAGCCACGGACGCGUUCUGCCUCCUGGAGGUGUUCUCCGCGGUCGGCAGGGAGCCCUCCCGCUACGGGCUGACCCCCGAGAAGCUCGCCGUCUGACGCCUUUUUAAACAUGAGUCCACGACCACCGUUCUUUGUAAAGUUUUAAAUGGAGACGCAGACGCUUUUUUUUAUGAAUCGCUCAUCAAAGCAGGUUUUUUUUAUCAAUUGUUCAAAGGUUACCACUUGAGUUUAUGUUUGAAACCAAAGUGUAUUUUUUAACUUUUCUUUUAAAAUAAUUCCAAACAAGAGAACAGGGUAUUUCUUUAUCUUUGCUAUUAAAAGAUGCCUGCUACUUUCCACAACUCUGAAAUGUAUUGCUUUUGACUAUUAAAAUAUGCUGCUCAACUACAAA